AAUAUUUUGCUCUCAUUUUGUCUUGCAGAUAUCGACAAUGAUCCAAAUCGCGCUCCACCCUGCGACCCCACUGUGUGCGUAUUGCCCGAUUGCUUCUGCUCUGAGGAUGGUACCUCGAUUCCCGGUGAUUUGCCAGCCAAGGAUGUACCAAUGAUGAUCACCAUUACAUUCGAUGAUGCCAUCAACAACAACAACAUUGAAUUAUACAAGGAAAUCUUCAAGGGACGCAAGAAUCCCAAUGGUUGUGACAUUAAGGCUACCUACUUCAUUUCGCACAAAUACACCAACUACUCGGCGGUGCAAGAAACAUCGCGUAAAGGACACGAAAUUGCUGUGCACUCCAUAACUCACAACGAUGAAGAGCGCUUCUGGUCGAACGCCACCGUCGAUGACUGGGCUAAGGAAAUGGCUGGCAUGCGCAUCAUUAUCGAGAAAUACGCCAACAUUACUGACAAUUCGGUGGUGGGUGUACGGGCGCCAUACUUGCGUGUCGGCGGCAACAAUCAAUUCACAAUGAUGGAAGAGCAGGCUUUCCUCUAUGACUCUACAAUCACUGCACCGCUCUCGAAUCCACCACUCUGGCCCUACACCAUGUACUUCCGCAUGCCACAUCGUUGCCAUGGCAAUCUACAAAGCUGCCCAACUCGUUCGCAUGCUGUGUGGGAAAUGGUCAUGAAUGAGUUGGAUCGUCGUGAAGACCCCGCCAAUGAUGAAUACUUGCCCGGCUGCGCUAUGGUUGACUCGUGCUCAAACAUUUUGACCGGUGAUCAAUUCUAUAACUUCCUCAAUCACAAUUUCGAUCGGCACUACGAUCAGAAUCGUGCACCAUUGGGUUUGUAUUUCCAUGCUGCUUGGUUGAAGAACAAUCCAGAAUUCUUGGAUGCCUUCCUCUAUUGGAUCGAUGAGAUCUUGGCCAAUCACAAUGAUGUGUAUUUCGUGACCAUGACACAGGUCAUCCAAUGGAUGCAAAAUCCACGCACCAUCAGUGAAGCCAAGAACUUCGAGCCAUGGCGGGAGAAGUGCGUUGUCGAAGGCAAGCCAGCCUGCUGGGUGCCUAGUACUUGCAAGCUGACCUCCAAGGAAAUUCCCGGCGAGACCGUCAACCUACAGACUUGUGUGCGAUGCCCGAACAACUACCCAUGGGUGAAUGAUCCAACCGGUGAUGGUUUCUUCUAAGUCAGCGCGCUCACCUGUAAUGGCACAACUGCAGUUUUUUUUAUUUUUCAUUUUUUUUUUGUUUAAGUGUUCUAACUUGGCAAAAAGGAGUUGUGCUCUAGCUAGUAAUAGUAACUCCUCUCUUUAAAACUACUGCCUACUACACUAAUCUCUUUUAUUUAAAUUUUUUAUUUUCUUUCUUUUUCUACUUUCUCUAUUUCCGCUUUCAAUUUUAUCAUUUUCUUAUCAUUUGUAAAUAUAUUUUUACCGUUAACUGCCGCUCACAGUAAACUAAGUUAAAUCGAAACUAGUUUUACGGUUUUCAACAGUGCCACUCUGCUACUCUCCAAUCUCCACUUUAUGCCUAUUCACUUUUUUACCCUUUCAACUGAAUCUACAUCUCUCUCAUUCCAUUAUCUUUGCUCUAAUUAUGCAAGACUUUUAUUAUUUGACUGACCUUCGAGCUGUCAAGUAAUUAUUGGCAACUACUUACUUACACCUUUCGAUAUAAUGUACUCCGUAUUUGGGCCACAUAAAAUAAUUUGGCGCUCAAGGUCGUUGCUGUGUUAAUUUUAAAGUUACGUAAAUCGAACAAAAUACUAUGUACACACAAGAAAAAGUAAACACGAAGGAACACAAUAAGAAGAAAGAAAGAAAGAAGAAGAUGUAGCAGAAAAAAAAUAUCCACUUAUGUUAUCUCAAACUUUCGAUAAAUACUCAUUUAGCACCACACACACACUCACACACAAAAUGUUAGGGAGAAAAGAUGAGACACAAAGGCGUUAAUGCGAAAAUGUUUAAUUUGUAGUAUGUUUUAUUGUACGUAUAUUUAAAUAUUUUUUAUUACAU